AUGGCCUCCCUAGACUCCGAGCCUUUCAACGUUCUAAACAGCAGUCUGGCGUCGCCGCGGAAAGUCAGUAUUGGAUGGAUGUCCGAAGGGCGCCGUUUGGGGUAUGGAUAUACUCUCGUUGCUGAAGACGAGGUCAAGAACGACGACAAACAAUCGAGCAAAACGUCGUGGACCAAAGGGGAGUCAAUGGUCUCCGCCAACAUCUCGAGCAUCAUGGACCGUUUGAACUUCCGUCGCUGGUCUGGCGCAACCACAUUUCAAAAAUCCGCGAAUGUCAGCGAUUCCGCCAGUUGCAAUUCGGUCAGAUCGACCCCAUUGCUUAGGGUUGCAAACCGAAGAAAGGCCUCAACAUUAAACGAAAGAAGAACGUUAUGGAGUUCGAAACCCGAUAACAGCUCAAUACAGCGUUUGAAGGGAAGCUCUGAGCUGGAUGAGAAUGUGCAUGACUCAAUUAGGACUACAUGGACGAUUUCCACCAAGCAUCGAAAAGAAUCACAGUCAGUGCGGAACAUGCUGGCGAAACAACGUCGCGUCAAACAUACGAGUCACAACCCUGCAGCCAAGGAGACCACGCUUGGUGGACGAGGCACCACUAGGCCCAAGAAGGGGACACAGAUCAUGAAAUUGAAGAUGAUCCGCCGUAAGGACUGGCGUGAGAAACUUAACGAUGAUGCCCCAAUCGUCCUAACCAAGCGCACCGCAAGAGGGCGUGCCUCCCCAGAUACAAUCGGCUGCUCUACAGAGGCAGAUGCCUUGGACCAACAAGCCGUCUGUCGAUCAGAGGACUAUCAAGACCCUCUGGAACGAGCUGUAUCGGAGACCAUAUCGGACGACUGGGUUAGCCUGUAUCAAGACUGUCUCGAACUACACACUGAUCUGAGGUGA